AUGCAGCUUUCUCUGCACAGAGAUGCAUCGCUUUUGAUAUGUCCUCACAGCUGCUCGUGCACGGGCAUGUCUCGAUGCCACUGGGGACAGUCAAGCGUGCGAAAAAGGGCAGCGCGAAGGCGAAGCGGCGAAGCCAUGCGAAGCCGCGAAGUUCGCUCACUUCAAGAUCUCGGUGCGCUUCUGCAUCGCGGCCUUGCUGGGAUGUCACGGCCAGGAACCGCUGCAGAAUGCUGGCAGGCUGGCUUUACCUAUGAGCGCUGCUGCUUGCGAAGAUAUGGUCCAGAUGCGACGUGUUUCCCACCUGGUGAUCGCUUCGAUGAGACCCGCUGCUGCUCCGGCUUGCUGCAGGGACUCCUCGCCCAACACAGAGGAGAUAGCAGCCCGUCCAGUGCUGAAGCCUCGUGGCUCGGCGUGCGAAGAUGCGCGGAGAGGAGCAAGGAAGAAGCCGCGAGGGAGCCUGCCACGCUCCAGGGAAAUGAGUUUCUGAAGACCCUUACCUGCAUCGCUUCGCUUCCCUCUGUGGACAUUGUGAUGGAUACCUUUCUGGGAGGAGGCUUCAGCUGCAAAGCGAUAGCCAUGGGGCUUGCGACGUCCAAACCUCGCAGAAGGCCCCCUAUGGUGCUGGCUUUUGAGAUGCACGAGGACCGGAUAGUUGAGGCACUCAAGCUGCUCAAUGAGGCGCCAGUUCCGCUGAAAUCGCCAAUGGUGGCGGACAUUGUCAAGGACGAGGGUGAGAACAUUCCACUAUCAAAUGACUACAAGGAGAAACUAUACCGGUACCAGGACGGCCUAUGGGAGGCCUUGCAACCUGCUCCAGUGCUGGACAAGGAGCCUCUGCAGAUGGUCUUCGCACACGGUACCCCUUUGGCGCGCAGAUCUCUCACGACGUAUACCUGGAACGCGCUGGACAUCGCUUGCCAGCACUCGGCUCCGGUAGAUUUGGUCGUCAUCGACCAGGAUUUCGCUGACGUGACGAAGGAGUGGUUCAUCAUUGAGACUGUUUGCCGUCCAAGGCUGGUGGCUUUGUUCAAUGUCAACAUCCAUGGUGGAGGCAGCUGGAUCAAGAAUCGGCUUGAAAUUUUGGAGAACUGGCAACUGGAAGCCAAGGGCGUGAUCAAGCUGGGCGAUUCUUUGUGGCUUUCCAUGACAGAAGUGCGGAGAUUGCGGGCUUGGACCAUAUUCUCCAACCUGGCAGUGUAUUCAUGA